UCUGGUGUGUGGCGUUUCUUCUUGCAAAAAUGCCUGAUCCAGCAAAGUCGGCUCCUGCUCCCAAGAAGGGCUCCAAGAAGGCUGUUACGAAAGUGCAGAAGAAGGACGGUAAGAAGCGCAAGCGCAGCCGCAAGGAGAGCUACUCUGUUUAUGUGUAUAAAGUGUUGAAGCAGGUUCAUCCGGACACCGGCAUCUCGUCCAAGGCCAUGGGCAUCAUGAACUCCUUCGUCAACGACAUCUUCGAGCGCAUCGCCGGUGAGGCCUCCCGCCUGGCGCAUUACAACAAGCGCUCGACCAUCACGUCCCGGGAGAUCCAGACGGCCGUGCGCCUGCUGCUGCCCGGCGAGCUGGCCAAGCACGCUGUGUCCGAGGGCACCAAGGCGGUCACCAAGUACACCAGCUCGAAGUAAGGGCGCGCAAAGGACGCAAUAGGACAGUUACUUUACCCCAACGGCUCUUUUCAGAGCCACUUUAUUUGUCACACUAAGCGGCUGUAAACACUUGCUAGAAGAUUUGGCUUUUGGUUAGGUAGGGUGGGCCUGUGCUCUCGGAAACAUUUGGGUUUGGGGCUAAGUUAGGACCGCGAUAAAGAUUGCCCUGGCUGUUAAAAUCUGGAACCUCCUACAGACCGGUGGUGUCACCUAGUGGCACGAUUCUUGGUAACAAAAAACUAGUCCUCAAAAUGGUUUCUACCUAGUUCUACUGAGUCUGAGAUGGAAGCUUAGAUACAGGUAACUGAACAAGCAGGUUUGCUAUACUUGAAAGUUUGUUUUGGUUUUGGUGGGUGUUGCUGUUAUACUUCUCUACCCUUAAAUGUCAACACAAGGUUUUUCUUAAAUAAGCGAGCUGGAAUGUUUUCCUUAGUGUACAAAUGGAAAUCUCUCCGUUCCCCACUCCCACUGCCUUAAUGUUCUAUUCGUAAACGUUUCUAGGUGUCUGUCACGGACGAUGCGCAGUAAAGCCAUAUGGUUUAGUCUGUCAGCCUACGUAUAAGUCUCGAUCUAUCCUUAACUUCCUCCCUAGCCCAAUCCUUCAACCAGGUAAAGAUUUUUGCCUCCCACCCCUUGGGACGUUUAGUAAUAUCUGGAGACAAAGUUUUUUCUUGGAGAGGGAUGCUAACUGGCAUUUAGUGGAUAAGGGCUACGGAUGCUGAUAAAUAUACCAAAAUGCAUAAGACAACCCCCAAGGCCAAGAGUUCAUCUCUGUAACCUCAGUCCUUGCGGGGCAGCAGGGAGACCCAGCGCCCAGACUUUCCUUUUGUGAGGAUUUGGAUUUAAUUCUCAUUUGGGUCCAAACCUUCCCUCCACCC